UCCUAGUUGGAACGUGGGGCGCGUGCGUUCCUCGUGCCUCAAUAACCCUGUCGAAAUGGAUAUACAUGCGUUGCCUGAAACAGGGCAUGAUUCAGAAGUUCUCCCUGAAAAUAAUGUGGAAGAGCAUGAUGAACCAUUUGACAACCACAGAGCUCAAGCACAUCCAGAGGACCCUGCACUGUCACCAGGUUUAACAAAGAGAUCUCCAACAAUUGAAGACAACCCGAGCCUGAGGGUUCCGUUCAACCGUGGCUGGCGGCGCGAGGUAGUUCAGCGAGCGUGCACCGACGAGCAGCGGCCCGGCCAGAUCCGCGCCGAUGCUUACUACUUCUCCCCCCGCGGCAAGAAGCUGCGGUCCAUCAAGGAGGUCGAUGCGUACCUGAAGAAGACGGGUUCGAGCCUGGCCCUGGGAUGUUUUUCGUUCAGCCGCCAUCUUCUGGGCGUCGGACGGCCGCUCGAGCAGCUGCGCAAGGCGCGACCGGUGGUACCGACCGGCAGCCCCCAUCCUGCGGGCGAGAAGGCCGCCGCCCCCGCCGGCAAGGUGCCAAGGAAGAACCAUACCAUCACAAUUGGGUCGGCUUCAUCUGUGAUCAAGAUUCCAUCCGCUCCAGCGUCACAUCCAACUAAAGCGCCCCGGAAGCAUUCACUGAUGGAGAAGUCACGCAAGGCCUUUGUAUGGAAGGCGAUGGAGCUGAAAAAGAAGUUGCCUGUCUUUCAACCCGAUAUGUCCAAAGCCAAGCCGGCGCCAACUGAACGCAGCCAGCCGGCGGCGUCCGCGGCGUCGUCCAGCUCUGACCCGCACCGUGUGUUAGUGCGGCGGCCGUGGCAGCUGGCCGAGGUGGACGAGCGCGGUCAAGUGUCGUGCCGCCAGCCGCCCGACGGGCCCACCACCGUCGAGUACUUCCGGCUGGUGCGCGCCACGGCCGCGCCGCACAGCGCCGACAACGUGCAGAUCGGGCAGAGGCGGCCGCCGACGCCGUGCAGUCUGUUCUGCUUCUCGGCGGAGGGAGAGGCGCGGCCGGCACUGCCCUCCGUCCAGUGCCUGGUGUGUCGCUGCCUCUCACACGCCUCCUGCGUCGGGCUUGACGACGACGACAGGCUGUUCAGCUUUGUCUGCGUGGACUGCUACCUGGGCGUGCAGAGGGGCCUCGGCUUCGACGGCGUCGGCGACUCGGUACCGGCCGACUCCGACUCAGACCCGGACCCGGGCGGCGCCAGCGACGGCAGCAUGGAGGAGCUAAUCCCGCCGCCGGCCGAGCUGAUGCCUGUCGUGCCCAAGAAGCGCUCCUGGAAGGACCCCGAGUAG